AGUAUCGAUACUACUCAGUCCUGAGUUGCACGUCCGAACGUGAGUAACUGUAAAAAUAAUGGCUAAAGAUCUUAAAAACAAAACGGUCGUUAUUACUGGUGGAGCGGUCGGCAUCGGUUUUGAAAUAGCUGAUAGAUUCUUGCAGAAAGGAGCAAAACUCAUCGUUAUUCUUGAUAUUAACGAAAAACAAGGCGCAGAAGCAGUCAAGACCCUAAACUCCAAACAUGGAAAUAACAAAGCUGUAUUUAUAAAAUGUGACGUGACGUCGGAUUUAGAAGCCGUUUCGAAGAAGAUAAUUGAUCUUUAUAAGCAAGUUGACGUACUGGUCAACAAUGCUGGAAUUCUGAACGACUUGGCUCCGAAGAAAACAAUUGACAUCAACGUUACAGCACUCAUCGAAUGGUCCUUUAAAUUCUGGAAGCAUAUGAGGAAGGACCAAGGCGGCAACGGAGGGACUAUAAUCAACUUGGCGUCGAUCUACGGCUUCAGGGUGGAUCCUUAUCUACCAGCAUAUCAGGCGUCGAAAUUUGCUGUCCAAGGCUUCACGAAGUCCUUGGGGCAUCCAUACAAUUUCAAGAGAAGCGGCGUGAGAGUGGUGGCUGUUAAUCCAGGCUUUACUGAAACAGCUCUGACGGAGACUCCUAGCGGCUUUGACAAUGAUAAGCAGUAUCAGAGCGACUUCGCGAAGUUCUUGAAGGAGCAGGCUUGGCAGAAAGUGGAGUCAGUGGGGCAAGCGGCGGUGGACGUGUUCGAGCGAGCUGAGAGCGGCACCGCUUGGCUCAUCGAGGGUGCUAAACCUAUCGUGGAAGCUAAGUAGAUUGUGAUAAGUAGAUGAUUUAUUGUUGUUAAAUUUAUUUGGUGUGCAUAAUAUUUAUUUAGAUAAAAAU